AGAAAUGUCACGCAUUUUUUGUAAUCAAAUCGUGUUUUGUUGACCUAAAAUUCAGCGAACAAUAUAAUUGCUGUAUAAUUUUGAAAGUUUUACACCUUAUCAAAAAACUGAAGUAUAUGGAUGGCUCUUUCUUGUACAUUCCCUACAGUUCCUUCCUCUUCUGAGUGUAAGGAACUUUUGUUAGAGUUAAUAACAGCGAUCAAUGAGCUGCGGAGCCACAUCCGCUUUCAAGGGGAUUCUUCCGAAGCACAGAAUGCUACAGAUGGAACAUUUCAUCUUGGAUGUCCUCCGGACAAACUGGAGCAGUUGCAUCGAAGUAUCAAACGUAUUUUUACACACGGCAUCAAAGUGUUCAACGACGAAAAUAUUCCCGACGUUUGGAAGGUGAUUGAAGGCCUUAAAUUUUCUAAUCCAGCCAUAUCAUUACGAGUAAAGAGAAGCGAGAUUGGAUCUGUUAGUAUGGACAAAGGCUUACUUUGGAUAUUCCAAUGCAUUCAACAGCGAUGUGUCUCAGAGAACAUAAAUUGGCUUAUCACCGAUAAGGAACACAUGGGUCAGUGCUAUGAAAGAACUGCAUUCCUCCGCGAUGAAAAAUAUGCCGACGCAAUGAUGGUGUGUCUCAAUGCAUUGGAAAGAGGUCAGCUAGCAUUGUUGUCUCAAAUUGAUCCGAGUUUGUACGCCCAAAAUCAGCUCCUCGGAACAAUUAAGCGUUCAGAAUCCCAUCCCAAUCUUCUGCUGGUAAUGACAACUCCUAGCACAUUACAGGAAAAGGGUGCGGUUAAGAGACGGCAAACUAUACAUCUAACAAAGUCUCAUUUUGCUUCCGAAACGCUGUUAAAGAAAAGAAAGAUAUCUCGUAGUUUACCUAACAUAGCUCUUCGCGACUUUUAUCAUGUUAUCAAGAAGAAACCGCCUGAUUUGUUGGAGAAAAAAAUGCACAGUGAAUACUGUGGACCAAGUGUGCCAAAUUUUCAGUAUAGUGAUAAAAGUGUGCCAAAACCUGCUCCUAGUAUCCUUAAUUGCGAGAAUAUUAAAAUUUACACAGAAUCAUGUAGUAGUAGUUCCCAAUCUCAAGGUUGCUGGAAGAAAUUGAGGACUGAGAAGCAUAUGGAUCCUAACAGUCGAACAGAUUUAUUCAGUUUAGCAUCUUUAGGUAGCCCUCGAGUAUUGUUGAACGACUUCAUUCCACAAUGUGGCGAAAAGAUCCACAAAACUAGUGAAAGUAAAACAAUUUGCAGUGUAUUAAAUGAUUUACCGUCACGUCCCGUCCCAGGUCAAAGUUUAACUUCGUUUCUCAAGACGGUAUAUUUUUCACGUACCAACACAGAGCUUGAUCGAGAGAAUGCCCACUUCAGUUUGUCAGAAGCGUUGAUAGCUACGUUCGAGCAGUUAAAAUGGAACGAAGAAGAAACGUCUAAUGGCAGGCGCCAACUAAGGAAGCGUUCUUCAUCAUCCAACUUUUGGUCACCACAUCCAGGCUUACCGCAGUUUCUUUCCGUUGGACCUAAACCUAGUGACGAACUUCAGGACAGUGUGAGUCCAUCAACGGCUUCAAAGGAAAGCUCAUCUACAGUUGCAUCGUCACUUUCCGAUAGCAAUAGUAGUGGAUCGUGCGAUUCUAAUUCUCUUCUCGGCAAAACACAUGUCAGCCGUCAGUUGUCCGAUGAAGAUCUCGAAGCAAUCGAAGCGAGCGAAUGUGACAACGUCAAAUCCUACUCGGCCGAAGGAGUAGCACUCAGUUUACUGUCCAAGUUCAACGAAAAACAGCUACCGACCGCAUGCGAUUUGUUGUGGUUGGUAUCCGAACAAGACGCUCCGCAACAAAUACUACCGAUUCCACCGGAUGGACAGAUCGUCAAUCCUGACGAACAAAGCGGGUUAAAUACCAUCAUUCGUGGAACGAGAGAAUGGGCCCCACCGAGGCCUCAAAUUAUAUUCACCUACACUAAUCCGCUGCCUGAUUUUUGUUUUCCUAUGUUGAUUAUUCGGAAUAUUAUACGCCGAAGAGCACAAAUGACAAAGCAAAAUUUCCGCUGCGCUGGUUGCGGAAUGAAGGUGGCUCCAGCAUACUCCAGCCGUUUUCGUUACUGCCAUUAUUUAGGCAAAUAUAACUGCUCCAUGUGCCAUAAAAACCAAAUGUCCGCGAUACCGGCAAAAGUAAUCGAAAGAUGGGAUUUCACAUUUCAUCCUGUUAGUAGUUUUUCGUAUCACCUAUUGAAUGAUAUCGCAGGAUGUCCACUUUAUCGAAUUAACCAUCUUAAUCCAAAGUUGUACGAAAAAGUUCGUAUCCUACAAGUAGCUCGGAGUAUAAGAAAAAGUCUAACGUACAUCCGAGAUUUCAUAGUCAAUUGUCGCUUUGCAGAAGACGUGACGUUACUUUUUCGGACGAUUCCUGAUCAUUUGACAGCCGACCUAGAUAGUUGGUCCAUGACAGAUUUUAUUUCCGUUAGAAACGGUAUGUUUCAGAAAGAAAAAAUGGAUUUUAUUAGGCGGUGUGAGAAGCACAUUUUCGAAUGUGAGCUUUGCUUGGCGCACGGAUUCUUUUGCGAAAACUGCGAUCGCAAAGAAGUAAUAUUCCCGUGGCAAAAACGAAUAGUGAAAUGUAGUAAAUGUGGCGCUUGCUUCCACGAAGCAUGCUGGCUGCCUGACUGUGUUAAGUGCAAUCGUUUGUUGCGUCGUCGUUUGCCCAAAAAAUAGAACAGUCUGUGCAAUUUGCUCGUUGUUUCAAACGAAUUUUUUGUUACUUUAUUAUAUACAAUGCACGAAUAUAGAACCUUUUAUCAAAUUUUCGAA